UUGUUGGCCUAGCUCUUUCGCGCAAUGUAUUGACACAAUAUUGUUGCGCAAUAAAUAAAGAGCGUGUGAGGGCCCCUGUAAGCAUAAAUUGCUGCUUCAUUCCGCUCAGUUUUGCUCGUCCAUAAUUCCGUCACACACAGAAACAUGUUGCCAUAACAACUCACGGGACAGCUGUAAUUGGAAAGUUACGUGAUUGCAAUUGUAAGUUCGUGUAAUUUCAUAAGAAGACUGAGGAUUGCAGAAUUUUUAGCUCAAGAUGAGUGUCAUACACGAUAAUCCGGAACCUGGAGUUAUAGAUACGGAUCUAUUAAAGAAUUUAGUUAUGCAACAAGCACCUGUCGGAGAAGCCGGAAAAGUAUUUUUGAGAGAUGGAAUAGUUUUGGAGAAAGUUCGCACAAUUCGACUAGAGGACCUGAAUAUUCUUAGAAUCGACAAUUUAUGGAUGAUGACAUCCCUAGUGAAACUGCAACUUACAUUAAAUAUUAUUCAGAAGAUAGAGAAUUUGGAUGCGCUUGUAAAUCUGAAAGAGCUGGAUUUAUCUUUCAAUCAGAUCGAAGUCUUAGAAAAUCUGGAAAAACUUACAAAACUUGAAAUACUCUCAGUUUAUGAAAAUAAUAUUAAAAAAAUAGAAAAUAUGGACCAGUUAAUCAAUCUAAAACUGUUUAGCAUUGGAAGAAACAGAAUAGAUGGCAGAGAUAGUGUUGUGUAUUUAAGGCGGUUUCCUCUGUUACGAUCUCUUACAAUGGAAGGGAAUCCAUGUUCACAAGAAGAUGAUUUCACUGAAUACAUUUAUGCGUGUCUUCCAAUGCUAAUGUAUUACCAUUACCGAUUUAUUUACCCACAUGAAAAAGAAGCUGCCAAAAAAAAGUACAGCAAUGUUCUCAAAGAGCUUGAAGAUACAGAAGCUGAAACAGCAGCCUACAUCAAACUAAGGGAGGAAGAAGAAAGGAAGCUCAAAUCCUACACAGCAGCAUUUGUAGAGUAUUUAGACAGUGAUCAGCUCUUUAGUGCUUUAUUUGAAAAUGAUGGAGAUGGUCAAGCACUCCUGAAAAUGGAUGACGAAGUUGUGGAAGUGUGUAAUGAAUUUCAUGAUGAGUUUUGUGCCAUUACGCAGAAAUUGUUUGACCUGGGUCUGAAACAGUAUAAGAUCAGGGAAGCUGAAAUAGAACAGUUCAGUAGAUGUGUGGAAGACGCCAAAGAUAAAAAUGCAAAACAAUUAGAAAGGAUUAGGGAUACCUUCACUGAAAAGAAAGCAUUGAUAUAUAUCAACAUGAAAGCAGCUAUUAGAGCAAUAGAAAGUUGUGAGUGUGAUACGAAGGUGUAUUAUGCCCAAGCACAGAAGUGUACAGAAGAGUUUAACAGUAUUUGCCAUUCAGCAUUCACAGAUUUUAUGGCUUCAGAGCUUACGUUGAAUAAUCAACUUGAGAAAGUGAAUAAAACUUUUGAAAACAAUCUUAAUCAACUGGUGGAAGUGUUUAUCAGGGAUGCUCAAGCUCUGUUCAGUGAAUGCUGUAACAUACAGAAGAUAUUUAGUGAACGAUUGGCAGAAUAUGCUAACUGUUAUCUUACCAAUGCUAUUGUUAGAGCUGAUGAUCCAACAUUUUCAUUGCCACCUGAACUGAAGUUGAUAAUGAUUGACAAAGAAACACUGAAUAAAGCAUCAAAAAAUUCUCAUGCAUAUCACAUACGCAUAAUUAAUGAACGUGAAGAUACACUAGUAGAAAGGGCAAAGCAGUGGGCAAGAAACAUGUGCAGAGAAAUUCAUAGGGAGGAAAUAAGACGAAAUAGAUCAAAAAUUAAUGAGUUCAACCAUUUCUUUGAAAUACAGAGACAAGAAUUUGAAGAAUUAGCUUAUCAGGCAUUUAAGCAUGAAGAAACUACAGAAUCCCAUGAAAGUCACUGUCAGGAUUAGGAGUUCCUUUUUCUGAAGAGCCCAUCGAGGAGAAGAACACUCAGGUGUGUAACAAGCCAAGGUAUAUAAUAAAAAAGGACCAGGUAAUUGUAAGAACUUAACAUGUACA